AUGGAGCAACUCUUUAUUCCAAAAGAUAUCACGGGUUCCUUUGCUGGCGGUAACGCAUCACUUCACAUCUCUCUAGAUAUGGACGCUUCUGAGUUUAAUCGUAUUGUGGCAUUCCCUACUCAUCACCGCACAGACCCUUCUACAGAUACUAAGAUCUCGAGACAGUUACCCAUGUUUAAGCUGGAUCUUUUCUCUCCUGUGAAGAAAGAACCCCUAUCUCCCACUGAGAGCAACUGUACCCACAUCAAACCGGAGCAGAUUAAACAGGAACCAGGACUCCACAUCAAGUCAGAACCGGAAGAUCCAGAACCUUGUAUCAAGUGCGAACCAGAAGAUUCAGAGCCCUAUAUUAAAACAGAACAAGUGGAUCCGUCAGAGAUUCUGUCAACACCAUCAUCUCCACCGUCAGAGAUUCUGUCGACACCAUCAUCUCCACCAACAUCUCCACCAACACCAUCAUCUCCACCAACACCAUCAUCUCCAGUACCAACCCAAACCGCUAGAAAAACAGUAUCUUCCUCCCGUUACCCGACAUCUCAACCACCCCAGACUUGUAACCCCUUCUCAGAACGAAACCGUCAACCUCACUGUCUCACUUUACCCACUGACCAGAUGAUCACUUUACCCACUGACCAGAUGAUCACUUUACCCACUGACCAGAUGAUCACUCAGAACUUAGCUCUACCCGCCUACUACCUCUACAAGCAGCAAGACUGGACUAGACUGAAACAAUACAUCUCUACUACAGACUUCCACCCCAGAGACCACCCCCGUCUACAGGACCUGUGGUACUUGGCUCUCUACGACGAGUACAGGAUAAAUCGUGGUCUUUCCUCCCUUUCUCCAUCUCAGAAAUACAGAAUACGAACCAAGAAACCCAUUCCUCAAACCAUUUCCUCUGUCCAAUAUAAAUCUAACAAAAUGUUCUCAACCAAGGUCAGACUGUUGUUGGAUCGUUGGUAUUUUGAGAAGGGGCCUUAUGUUUCAGGUUAUGAACUGGAGGUUUUGGCCGUUAAGACUGAACUUUCUUCUCAGCAGAUUAAAAAUUAUUUCAAGAAUAAGAGAAUGAGGAACAAAUGA